AUGCAUGGUGCUGGCUCAGUGGUGGACGAGGGCGAUUUUGAUGACUUCGCAAAGACUAUUGUCAUCCCUGGCUCUCGUGCUCCCACUGUUUUUGUGCCGGCCCUGGUGAAUUCGUUACUGCGCUUGGUGUUGAAGUAUGGCUCCAAGCUCAGGUCCUUUUUGCAUUCGUACCUCAGCAACCAGCCUUGCCCUGGUGAUCAGGGCACUCGCGAUGGUUCUCCGUGGCCCAUGCCUAUUCCCUAUCCCGAAGUGUUUAGAGCUGGCGGUGGUGGAGCUUCAGUUUGGAAGAAACGAAGGGUCUCCUUUGAAAUCUUGAUCCUGAAUUGUUUCACUUUGGGAAAGCCUUCAACUUGCCCUUCCACCUUAUGGCUUGGGCGGCGACUUUCUGCAGCACAGUGGCGAGCAGUACGCUCGCUUGAGAACUGUAGCGAAGACUUGAAUUCGGUGGAUGCAGGUGCGAUGGCCCGAGCUGCUGUAAAGACGGAGAGCGCUGGUGACCAACUUGAUGCGCUUCAUCGAGCCUUCGCACAGGUGUCUGCUCCUGGGCAUGACUUUGGUUGUGGCUACUUUGGCUCCCUUGGCACCUCUACCAAGUUUGACUUUGACCACGGUUUGGGGUCCGACUUCGGAACUUUUGAGGGCACCAGCUCCCUGGAGGCUUUUGUCGUGGCAAAACCAAUUGUAGCCAGUGUGCCCUUUGGACCUGCCCCGGCAUUCGACCCGGUGCCUUACUUUGAUGAGGCUACUGAAGAGGCUUGCUGCAGACCUUUGGAGCACCGCCUGGCUAUGCCACGUGUGCCUGUGCCUCCAGUUAGUGUUCAUGUUUCGCGUGCUGAGCGAAACUUGCUGUUUAGGGCUAUGGCCGAUACCAAUCGGUUGGUUGCAAUCAGUGCGUGUGAUGCUGGGGAAGGCCCUUUUUCAGGACUCUUUGCUGUGCCAAAAGACUUGGACAGGCACCGGCUCAUUUUGGAUGCGCGACCACCCAAUAGCUUUGAAACGGCCCUGUCUCAGUGGACUUCCAGCAUGGCAACAGCAAGCUCCCUGAGUGGCAUUGAGCUGGCUCCUGAUGAAAGCCUCCUGCUCAGCGGGCGCGACGUCAAGGACUUCUUCUACCAGUUUGUGGUGAACCCGCAGCGAGCAAGACGGAAUGUCAUGGCUGGAUGUGGCGGAGCUUCCCUUGAAGAGCUGUUUACGCUCCGUGGUCCUGUUCCUCGCGGCCUCUUGUCAGUGAUAGAUGACUUGGUGCUGCUCGAAAAAGUUCUCUCCUCUUCCCUGACUGCUGAUGUGAAGCCGAGCCCUUUGAGCUCUGCCAGACUCAGAAAGAUCGAGGAAGCCUACCUGGCGUCCAAGCUCCCCACUAACCAGAAGAAGGCCUUUGAUGACAGUCUUACAGGAUCGUUCUGGGGCGUGCAGGUUGAUGGCAGAAAGGGCCUGGUACGUGCCAAUGAAACAAGAAGUUGGCCCUUGGUGCUCAUCACGGUCCGAGUUUGCUGCCUUGGCCUGUGCACCAAUGGUUUGCUUAGGUCGACCACACUCAGCGCUAUACGGGCAGAUGCUUCCGAUUGGGGCAUGGCAGCGGUUAGCGCUGACCUUCCCGUGCAGGUUGCUCGAGAAGCAAUGUGCCUUAGUUUGAGCAAGAGCGUUUGGAGCAACUUGCUGCCACCGCUCAAAGCUUGGAAAAGAGUGAAAGAGCUGCUGUUGCCUGAGGAUGAGCUUCCGGGGGCUGAAGUUUUUGAUGUGCACCCCUUUUGGGAAGACCUAGCUUGCUGCGUUUCCUACAAGGAACAGUGGCGGAAACCACACCUCCGAGCCGUCCAUGUGAAUGUCGGGGAGUUGCGGGGCUACCUCAUUGAGGAGAAGCGCCUUUGCAAACAGCAUUGCAGUUUCAGAGUCCCGGUUGGCUUGGAUUCUCAAGUUGCGCUGGGAGCUUUGGUCAAGGGCAGGUCGAGCUCUAGAGCUUUGAAUGCUGAGCUUUGUCGGAGUUUGGGGCACUACCUUGGAUCUGAUGUCUAUCCUGGGUUUGGGUACUUCCCCUCUGCCUUGAACAGGACCGACGGGCCAACUCGCUUCGAUCGGCCUGCUCCAGUCAGCAGACCUCUUCCGUGGUGGUGGGAGCCUGUGGUGAAUGAGAACUAUGAUGCCUUUGACCGUUGGCUUGCUGCUUGUGUUGAUGCGAUCAGAACUUCCCCUGAGCCUAUCCUGGAUGUUGACCUCAGGUUGAAAGUUUGCAUGCAAACUUGCGAGGCCCCCUUUGUGGAAGCCAAUCAGCUGGGGUCCCGCAAUACCAGUGGGUGCCUUCCUGCGGAAGCAGUGCGCAUUCUGGAAACCUUCUCCUGUGAGCAGGUGUUGUUUAAAAAGGGAACAGCUCGGCAGUUUUUCCACCCUGGUGCUCUGGACCUCUACGCCGGACGUGGCGGCGUUGCUCGCGCUUUGUUGCGAGGGGGCUGCCCUUGGGUGGUUACUUUUGAGUUUACACGGUCAGCGUGUGAGGACGUGCUGAACAAGUUGAAUGCUAAGAAAAUCCUCCGGCAGUUUCGUGAUCCUGCCUCCAGGGAUACCAUGCGGGUUGACUAUUGCCGUUUUGGCACACCCUGGAGGAAGCGCACAAGGGUUGCUUUGAACAUCCCGAAGCUUCGUGGCCUUCGUCGUCUUUGCGCCUGCGAGAAACCGCAUGUGCAGCUUCGUGGCCAGCAUCCCUUUGAAGCCAAGAAUCCUGGGCCUGCCGUUCCACGACGGGCUCGAAACUUUAGCUUGGAGCAAGCCCGGGUGCAGACCUUUGCCUCCUUGCAGCUCGGUGACAGGCGUUGGGAUCUCUUUUUGGACUGGUGUUGCAACUUCAUUUCUGGGGACGUGGUUGGUCUCUUUUUGAAGGUGCCACUGCUCCUGGCCCACUCCAUUAUAGAAGAUACGGAGACCUUGACUUUUGCGCUGGUGGUUCUCUUCUUUACUACAGACACCUCAUUCUCGCUGCCUUACGGAAGGUGGGAGAAGGCUGAACCAGUUCAACACCGUGUCCCUGUUCCUGAACCACUUGCAGAAGCACUCAUUUCCCUUGCCUGGGCACAUGGUUGGAAACGAUGGUGUGGAGUAGUGCUUCUUUGCUUUUUUGGCAUAGCGAGAGCAGGAGAGGUUUUUCGCUGCAAAAGGUCUGAUCUUCUGUUUCCGGAUGACAUGAUGCAUGAAAGCUCUGCCGCUUUCCUGCUGCUUCGUUCUUCAAAGACCAGCUACCGGCAAGCAGCCCGAGUUCAGCAUUUGAAGAUCAGCAACAACUAUGUGGUGAACCUGCUGCGUCGUAUUUAUCUCGAUGCUGAUUCUGAUGAGGACCUAUUUACUGGAUCGGCACAGAUUUUCAGACGGCGGUGGGACUACCUGCUCCAGAUGCUCGAUGUCAAGCAUUGCCCUGGUGUCACUCCUGGCGGUUUGCGUGGUGGAGGUGCGGUCGCUUUCUACCGUAAAGGCGGUAGUGUGUCCGAGCUCCUUUGGGCCAUGCGGCUCAAGCAGAUUGCUACUUUGGAGUCCUACUUGCAGGAGGUUGCCGCCCUGAGCUUUUUGCAGGAGCUCUCCUCGCACAGCCUUGCUUCUAUACGUGCUGCCGCUUCCCUUUUUCCGCAUCUCGACCGCUGA